AUGGCUACGACCGGCGGAGCCUCCAAGAGAACCAAAAAGAAGCGGCGGAAGACUGCCAAGAGAUUCAAAGCCAAACCCAAAACCGAACUUAUCGAACCCGAAACCACUCUCCUCCGGUCCAGCUCCACCACCUGCCACCACCACAGACAUCUUUCGGAGCUGAUUCCCCACCUCAUCUCCACCACCUCCGCUGCCCAUUCUUUCCUCCUCCACCAUGACCUCCAUCUGCUCCCUUCCCAAUCUCUCACCUUGGAAUCCCUUCUCUCUUCCACCGCCAUCUCACUCACCAACCUCCAUUCUCUCCUCUCCCUCCCCUUACCAACCACGCCACCACCGCCGCCGCCGCAGCAAGAAAAUUGGUUCCACCGAUUUUUGUCCUCUCCUGAUUAUGAUCCCAGGUGGGUUCAAUUUUUUAAUUUGUCCAAGCCUUCAUUCACUCUCCUCCUCCGGCUUCUUACUCCUUCUUUGACCUCCCUCCACCCUUUGCCACCCAAUGCUGCCCUCGCCGCCACCCUCUUCCGCCUAGCCCACGCUGCCCCCUUCUCUGCAAUCUCCCGCCGCUUCACCAUCGACUCGCCUACCGCCUGCAGGGCUUUUUAUGUUGUCUGUAAGGCGAUUGUUGAUAAUCUUGGCCAUUUGUUUGAGUUUAAUUCUGAUAUCAAUAGGAUUAUAGUCGGAUUCGGGUGGAUUUCCUUGCCUAAUUGUUGUGGAGUUUUGGGAAUUGAGAAAUUUGAAUUGGACGGACGUUCCAUGGAUGAAAGUGGAUCAUUGUUUGUUCAGGCUUUAGUCGACUCUGAAGGGAGGUUCUUGGAUGUGUCAGCUGGUUGGCCUCAUGGUGAGAGACCGAAAGAUUUAUUGAAAAAAUCGAAACUCUUUUCUGGGAUUGAGAAUUCUAAGGAGUACUUAAACGGGCCACCAUUCGAGCUAAACAAUGGGAAUUCAAUCCCACAAUAUAUUUUGGGCAAAUCGUAUUACCCCGUUUUACCUUGGCUUUUGACGCCCUUCAGUGAGAAGAAUGCGGAGUUGAGUUCUGUCCAAUUGGCAUUUAACGAUGUGCAUAGUAAAGGUAUGGAGUUAGUUGGGACAGCAUUUGCGAAAGUGAAGAAAAGGUGGAAAGUUGUGGGCAAGAAAUGGAAAGAGCAAUGUAUUGAGGCUUUUCCAUUUGUUAUUGUUUCUUGUUGUUUGCUUCACAAUUUUCUUAUCAAGUGCAGUGAAGUAUUGCCAAAUGAUAAUGUGGAGCUUCGGAGGAAUAUAGAGUUUCCCGAGUUUGAUGGAGAGGAUGAUGAGAGUGGGAAGAGGACACGGGAUGCCCUUGCUUUGCACUUGAGUCGAGUGAGUCAGAGGGUAUGA